UGACGCAACUAUCGCGAGUCCAGAAUUCAAUACGGAAGCAAGUGUCACGGGUUAAAGAGCUACUUUUCGACAAGAGUAAAACAAUUUUUCUAGCAAAUUUAAUACGAGAAUCACCUAGACCUGUUUCCCGGUAGUCCUGCAGACUAUUUAACAUAGAAUUGCAUUCUCCGGAGAAGCCACACAGCCACGAUGAAUCUGGAAAGACUGCCAAAUGAGGAGAAACUUGGACUUUGCAGAAAAUAUUAUCUAGGUGGAUUUGCCCUUCUCCCGUUCCUUUGGCUCGUCAACGUUGUGUGGUUUUUCCGAGAAGCUUUUGUAAAACCAUCCUACACUGAACAACUGCAGAUAAAAGCAUAUGUGAAGCGCUCAGCACUGGGGUUCCUGUGUUGGCUUGUAGUACUCACUACUUGGAUCACUAUUUACCAGCACUACAGAGCCCAGUGGGGGGAGGUGGGGGACCAAAUCUCCUUCACAAUUCCACUCGGCAUUCCUUAAAUCCUUUUUUUGUAUUGUAUUUUGGCUAAAUGUUUUUUGAAAAUAAAUCAUGAACCGUAUUAGUUUGUACUAGCAGCUGGACGGGCAUGCUGGGUAAUUUGUUAAUGGAUGAAUACUGUUUUACUCUUGUCUAAAUGGCAAAUAAAAAUGACAACCAUG